AUGGCUCCAUGGUCAAUCUUUGGGCUCGCUGCCGUGAGCGCUGCCGCCGUCAGUGUAGAGCUCAACGUCACCGCCACCACAUCUGGCUCGAUCGAGUCGGAUUGGACGACGACCUACUACUCCCAGGAUCGUCCACUGCUCAUCACCAACGACGGCGGCGCAUCAACGGGAGGUUUCCAUGUCUUUGGCAUUGAGGGCGGAUCACCGCUUGGAUCGGUCAAGGACCAGUUCACCGGCCGCACCAAGCUCGUCCAGACCGAGUAUAACAUUGCUGGCAAGGACUAUCUCGUGUCAAUCCCCCAGACGACCUCCGUGUUCAGCCUCUACGAGCUACCCGAGGUGAAGAAAGUCGACAAUGUCGCGUUCAAAGCGCUUGGCGACUGGUCUGCACUCUGCUCGUGGCGGAGCCGCAGUGCCAACACGUACCUCUUUCUGUUUGGCAAGAAAAACGGCGUCCAGUACCUUUUGCGGGAAACUGAUGGGGAGGUUGAGUUGGUAGAGAUUCAAACCUUUGACGUGCCCACCGAGUUCGCUGGCUGCGCCGUGUCGCAGCGCGAAUCCAAGAUGCUGCUGACCCCCGACGACGGUACCAACCUGUACGUCUUGGACCUGGACGAGUCGACCAAGGCACCACAGCUCGAAGUAAUUGGGGAGGUCGGCGACGACCUGACAGGUAUCGCGGUCUACAGCUCGGUCGAGGAUGACUACAUCUUUGCCGCACAGACAGAUGUCAUUGAUGUCUUCAGCUUCGCCUGGGAAUCUAUCGGCAGCAUUCACAUGACUGGCCUCGACGAGCUGGAGAUUCAGGGGUUGAGCAUGCAUCAAGAGCCUGCGCAGGGAUACCCAAAGGGUCUGCUAGCCUAUGCUGCCGAAGCAGACGACUUUCAGGGAUUCGGCUUGAGCUCACUCAAGGGUGCUCUUGAGGAGCUCGAUAUCGAGUACAACACGGAAUACGACCCUCGCAUCCACCGGGGCUGUCGUCAGCGCAACCCUAUCAACGCGGAUUGCUCCUUUAAGGGGUUCUGGUCCAAGGCUGACCAGUCCUGCGAGUGCUUCGCUGGGAGCACUGGCCAAGACUGCUCCGGGUUCACCUGCCAAAAGGACUGCUCCAGCCACGGCGCGUGCGUCGGUCCCAACGAAUGCAAGUGUGACGAGAGAUGGGGUGGUCUGCACUGCGCAUUCCUCCUCGUGGAGCCCUCCCACGAGACCGAAGCCAAUGGUGCCGAUGGCGAUGAUCCCGCCAUCUGGAUCUCGCCCAGGUCUCCGGACAAGUCUCGCAUCGUCACAACCACCAAGUCGGAGGACGGUGCUGGUCUCGGUGUCUACGACUUGAAGGGCAACGAGCUGCAGGUGCACCCUUCGAACCAGCCGAACAAUGUCGACAUGAUCUACGGGUUCCAAGCUGGGGAUCGCACCGUGGACCUUGCUUUUGCUGCUUGUCGCGGCGACAAUACUCUCUGCCUCUUUGAGAUGACAGAAGAUGGUGUCCUCCAGGAUGUCAACGGCGGCAUCCAGCCCUCGGACGCUGAGGACGAGGUCUACGGCUCGUGCGUCUACAAGUCCAAGACCACAGGCAGGCAGUACCUCUUUGUCAACGAGAAGUCAGCCCGCUACAUGCAGUACGAGCUCACGGCCACGGCGAACGGCACGCUGCACACCGAGCUCGUCCGCGAGUUCGUCGGUGGCUCGGGUGGGCAGGUCGAGGGCUGCGUCACGGACGAGGACAAUGGCUGGCUGAUCCUGGGCGAGGAGCCUUCCGCCCUGUGGCGUUACGACGCCGAACCCGACGGUAGCGACGAGGGCUAUCGCAUUGCGUACGUGGGCGACGGUCGUCUCUUUGGUGAUGUGGAGGGUGUCACGCUCGUCUAUGGCAAGACCAAGGACGAGGGCUUCAUCAUCGUCUCCUGCCAGGGUGUCAGCGCCUACAAUGUGUACCGACGUGCUCACCCGCACGACUAUGUGGUGACCUUUACCAUCCCUGGCACAGCGGAUGGGACGAUUGACGGCGUGACGAACACGGACGGUGUCACGGCUGUGGGGGCCCGGCUGGGUGACGAGUAUCCCUAUGGCCUCCUCGUCGUCCACGACGACACGAAUGAGUUGGCGGGUGGUGGCGCGGAUGAAGAGGCUAGCUACAAGCUCGUGCCUCUGGAUAAGAUCCUGGGUGCCGAUGCACUCAGGGAGCUGAACCUCCUCGACGAGAUUGACCAAGAGUGGGAUCCCAGGGCGUAG